AUGCUCCUCCCGACGCCAGCCCCGGCGCUGCCAAGUGCCACUGCGGAGCAGUUAAUGAUUACCGCUGUGCCACCUCGGGUCCCCGCUCCUGACCGCUACGACUUCGCCAUCGUCGUCCCUGCCGGUACCGUGGAGUGCUUCUGGCAGUUCGCACACCAGGGUGGCAACUUCUUCUUCAGCUACGAUGUGAGUGUUGCGCGACGCCUCCCGCGACGCUGUCGGCGCGGUGCAGCUGCGGGACGGCUGCAGGGGAUCAGUUUCUACCAGCUGUGCCUGGACAACCAGCAGAACCACUUUGGCUUCAUGCAGGUGUAUCUCAACUUUGGUGUCUACUACGAAGGUUUCACCACAGAAAACAAGCAGCUGGAAGAGAGGAAAGAGCUGAACGACACCCUGGGAGCAAUUCAGGUGGGUCAAGGCAGCAGUGCUAGCAGCGCCCAGAACCGCAGGCGGGACCGCUGCCUGCAGCGCUUGGUAACCGAGCUGCCGCUCUGCCCCUUUGCGGGGCGGGAGGGGAAAGCCAGACCCCGCUUCGAGGAGGAGGAAGAAGAGUUCCCCCAGCCCUGCCUGGGCUGA